UAUUGGUCCCAAAAAAAGAUCGUAAAAUAAACGAACGACAGAAACUGACGUCAAAUCGAACGGAGAAAUACAAACUAAAAACCCACGUGGAGGAAAAUCAAGUCGAAACUUCCAGCUCCGAAGUCCAAACCCCAAAACCUUGAUUCCGUUGGUCGCGGCUCGCGCGAUUAAUUUUUGUAUCCCCAGAAAUCAAAAACCCUAAUUUCAAUUGACAUAGUGUAUAAAAUUUGGGGUUUUUGGAAUUAUCACAUGGUUUUCUUGUCAAUUUCCAAAGAUGAGAAGGCUUAUGGUAAUAGCUUUGGCGUUCCUAGUUAUUCUGUCACCAUUAAUUCUCGGUGAGCCCGGCACGCAGAUCUCUAAGCCUUUUGCUUCCAAUCAAAUCUACAAGUCCUAUUUGCCGCCAACUCCUGAAAAUCGUUUUAUACUGGUGUCUACUUUGGAUGGGACGAUGCACUUAGUGGACACUUUGUCAAAUGAAGUGCUUUGGUCAUUCUCUUCGGGGAUGCCUAUUUAUUCCUCUUACCAGGAUUCCCAUUACCUUGCCAGUCAGAAUCAUCAGGUCUCCCAACCGAAUGACGACUUCUAUGUAGAUUGUGGAACUGAUUGGAAACUUUUUAAAUAUUACAAAAACCAGGGGAAAGAGAGACUAAAUAUUGAAGAAUAUAUCAAAACAUUACCCAAAGUAGUGAAGGAUGGAGUCAUAUUGGGAGGAAAACGUACCACGGUAUAUCGUCUUGAUGGGAAGACUGGAAGAGUAGUUCAGAGAUAUACUUUGGAUGAUCUUAAUUCUACAUUGGGAGUCCAGAAAGCUGAAGUGAAGACUGUUGCUUUGGCAAAAGAUGCUGAAGGAUUGGUGGAGUCUGUUCCCACAGACAAAGAAAUGGUUCAGAAUCUCGUCUACAUAAUGAGAAAAGAUUAUGUGAUGCAAUAUAAAUCAGAAUCUGGGAAUGUCUUGUGGAGUGUAUCUUUGGCAGAGAUUGAGGCUGAAUUUCAAUGUAGAGAAAUCAAGAAAGUUUUGGGUGGACAUUCUUCGACUUAUGAUAAUUCACCUCACAGCGGUUACAUAAAUAAUGUAUUCCAAUUGCCUUGUGAAAAGAGCGCCGUUGUCUUCAGACUUCGCAGUCAUAGCUUGGAGGAAUUUCUCUCUGUACUUGAUAGCUUGGGUGGAUCAUUUUAUUUACCUUAUCCAGAUGACAAGCCUUACUUAGGCCCUGCUGAUGGAAUUCCACUGGCUCUUCCUGACAAUACAGAUAGUCAAGUACUCUCCUUGCCUCCUUCAAAGGUUGAAUAUCAUGGGAUCUUGAAUAUGCUCAGUGGAAAUGUUACUAAAAUGGGUAGCACGAACAUAUUUGAAAAAGUUAUUGGACCUUUAACUGUAUUAUUUUCCACCUUUUUAUCCAUUCUGGGUAUGCUCUUUUACACUUCAAAACAGGAUAAAUUGAGGAAAGAACCCAAAGAAUUUCAAGUUCUGACAGCAUCUAAAAAGAAAAAAACUAAGAAAUCAGGGAAUAAUAAGAAUAGUAUUAACAAUGGGAGAAGGCAGAAACUUAUGUCAUAUGGGAAUGAACAUGAAAACAGCAAUGGACUUGCAUUUGCUGAAGGGAAUGAAGGCAAGUCAUUUUUUACCUUUAGCAAUACUGUUGACAGUCCCACGGAUGGGCGGAGGAUUGGCAAAUUACUUGUUUCCAAUAAAGAAAUUGCUAAAGGGAGCAAUGGGACUGUGGUUCUUGAGGGAAUUUAUGAUGGCCGUCCAGUAGCUGUUAAACGUCUUGUGCAGUCUCAUCAUGGUGUUGCCCUAAAGGAGAUUCAGAAUCUUAUUGCUUCUGAUCAGCAUCCAUGUAUUGUCCGAUGGUAUGGUGUGGAAUAUGACCAAGAUUUCGUAUAUCUCGCUCUGGAACGUUGUACUUGUAGCUUAAAUGACUUGAUUUAUGUGCUCUCUGGCUCUUUCAAAAUUCAAGUGACUGUCCAUGAUGAAAGUUCAAACCUCUUGGAUGAGUAUACUGUUCGAUUAAAUUCUAUAAUGGAAAAUAACAAGGAUAUUGAAUUGUGGAAGGCAAAUGGAUAUCCUUCUUCCCACUUAUUAAAGUUGAUGAGAGAUGUGGUCUCAGGAGUAGUUCAUUUACAUGAACUUGGAAUUAUACACCGGGAUCUAAAGCCUCAAAAUGUUUUGAUAAUCAAGGACAAAUCUUUGUGGGCAAAGCUUUCAGAUAUGGGCAUUAGCAAGCGCUUGCCCGGGGACAUGACUUCUUUAACACAAAAUGCAACUGGUUCCGGGAGUUCAGGAUGGCAAGCACCUGAACAACUUCGCAAUGGACGCCAAACACGUGCUGUGGAUUUGUUUAGUUUAGGCUGUGUUCUCUUUUUCUGUAUAACUGGUGGCAGACAUCCUUAUGGUGAUAGUAUUGAACGUGAUGUAAACAUAGUGAAUGAUCGCAAAGAUCUUUUCUUAAUAGAGAGUAUGCCAGAAGCUUUGGAUCUUCUAACCAGUCUCUUGGAUCCCAACCCUGAUUUAAGGCCAAGGGCUCGGGAUGUUUUGCCUCAUCCUUUGUUUUGGACUUCUGAGAUGCGAUUGUCAUUUCUCCGUGAUGCAAGUGAUCGGGUUGAAUUAGAAGAUAGAGAGGAGUCAUCAGAACUCUUAAAUGCAUUAGAAAGUACCGCAACAUUGGCUUUGAAUGGAAAAUGGGACGAAAAGAUGGAAAGUGCAUUCCUUAAUAACAUCGGUCGCUACAGGCGAUAUAAAUUUGACAGCGUGCGUGACUUACUACGGGUCAUAAGGAACAAGUUAAAUCACUACCGGGAACUUCCUCAGGAAAUCCAAGAACUACUGGGAAAUGUUCCAGAGGGAUUCGAUGGUUAUUUUUCAAGUCGAUUUCCAAGGCUCUUGAUUGAGGUUUACAAAGUGGUAUACAGAUACUGUAAAGAGGAGGAGUUCUUUCAAAAGUAUAUAAGAGCAAUAUAAUGUAAUUUCUUCCUUUCCCAUUGUUUUUUUUUUUUUUAAUUUCAGCUGUAACACUGCUCACCCCCACUAGCACAGGUUCUGACCUCAAAAUACUAGUGUUUGCAAUAUCGUGUAACUGUAGAUUAAAUAGGUAACGUACUUUUAACCCUUUUAUUAUUUACUGGGUGUAUUUAUAUCCCUAUAAGAGAUUAGCAUUUUUUCUA